AUGGGACUUGAAUUGGCAGACUGGUUAUCCAUUAGAGGGGCCCGUCAUCUUGUUUUGACUUCCCGGUCUGGUGUUCAAACCGGUUACCAGAGGAGGAAAUUACAACAGAUGGAGGUUCGAGGAACUAAGGUCGUUACUGCUGCUAAUGACGUCUCGAAACUAGCAGAAGCAGAAGACCUCAUUGAUAAACUGACGGUACCGCUUGGCGGGGUUUUCCACUUGGCAUUGGUACUUAAAGACGGUUUGUUUCUUGACCAAACACCGGAGUUCUUUAAACAAGUAUGUGACCCCAAAGUUGAUGGAGCAAAGAAUCUGGACAAAGUCACAAGACGAUGCUUUCCAUGUGUUGACCACUUUGUUGUAUUUUCCACGCUCAUGAGUAAGCUCGGAUAUGAAGGACUCUCCAACUACAGUUUUGCAAACUCGGCUAUGGAGAGAAUUAUUGAAUACAGACGACGUGAUAAUCUUGCAGUCGGAGGCGUGGGAGUUUCACAUAAGAGAUUGAAUGGACAGACCAAAGAGAUUUCUGGCACUACCUCACAAACCUUUGCCUCAUGUUUGGAAGUGCUGGGCCAACUGUUACUGCAACAAGAACCUGUGGUGUCCAGCUUUGUGCAUGCGGAGAAGGCAGACGCAGGAACCUAUCCCGCAAACAAUUUCUCAGAACGGAUUUUUGACAUUCUAGGUCUGCAAAAAGACCAGCUGACUUCAACCCAGACUCUUGAGAACCUCGGACUUGAUUCAUUUAAUGCGUUGGAGGUAAAGCAACUCAUUGAAAGAAAACGAAGGAAAAUAAUCUCAACACAGCACGUGAGAGAGUUGACGGUGGCUGAUAUUUUGGCAAUGGAUGAUUAG